AUGGGUAGGGUGGGCUCAGACCCUCUGAAUUUUGAUCAGAGUGGGCUCGGCCUCACCGAAUUUUGUAAUGUAUUAUCGUAUAUUUGGUUAUUAUUAACCUUCAGUUAUAUGAUGUUAUAUCGUUUUGAUCGAAUUGAUAAUGAACACCCACUACCACAUUGGACGGAAAUAUACGUUACUAUAACAAUAACAACAAUGUUAUUCGAAGAUAUAAGGAGAUUAAAAGAUUUAUUUAUAUUUAUUACCAUUAUUUUUAUAUCAAUUAUGGCUUAUGGUGUUGCUUCCCGUUCGUUAUUCAUGUAUAAUAAUAUUGAUUUUACUGCUCGAGGAUUGUUUGGAACUAUUUUAUACCCAGCCUAUUGGCUUAUUUACUAUGUAGUAGAUGAAAAAGAUGUAAUAAAUGAUAUUAUUUUGGAUAAUAAUCAAACAUCAGUACUUGUUGCACAAGCUCAGGCAACACAAGUUCUAUUAGCAUUUCAGAUUGAUACAAUUGGUCAAGUACAAAUGAACACAAAAUUUUUAUGGUGUUAUCAACGCUAUCAAUUUAUACGUGAAUACUAUGAUCGACCUAAGAUGGCACCACCACCAUUAAUCAUUAUAACUCAAAUUUACAUGGUUAUUGUAAAUGUAUGUGAGUUUUUACUAAAUAAAUUAAUUAAACCACAACAAAAAAUAAAAUUAGGAAAAAAAACAAAAGUUUUUAAAAUAAUACCCAAAGAUGAAGAUAAAAUGAAUGAUGAAUGGGAUAAUUUUGAACAUUAUGCUACAAUUAGUUAUGCUCAAACGGUUAUUGAAAAAAUCAAAAAAACUUAG